AUGUCGCUUUUGAAUGUGACUGAGAAAGCCAAAUUAACUAUUCUUGGAUAUUAUUGUCUUGAUUUGGAGGUUGCGUCAUCUGUUUUUGGUUCAGAAGUUCAAGCAAAAGACGGAAAUACUCCCCCAUCAUCAUCAUUGAAUUUUAGAAGAUUUUCUCCAACAGAAGAAGAUAAUUCACAUCCAUAUCAAAAUAGAGAAUAUUUUUCUUUAUUUCUUUCGUUCGUUUUGCAAGAAGAUUUUUCUUUAGAAGAAAUGAACAAAAUAAAGGCUUUUUGGUUGGAAGAUAAAAACCUUCUACAAUCGAAAGCUGUGGUAGCUCAACCGGAAAUUGUUCAGCAUGAUGAUCAAUUGUAUUCUAUCAAUUCACUUCAAGAUAUAAAGAAGACUAGAGGUAUGAGUACAUUUCUCAAUUGAGAAUUUUUGUUGUGGUGCUUAUUGUUAGACUUUGUUUUAGUUGGGGGAAAUUUAAUUCUAGUUCUCUCUUUUUGUUGGUUUGUCUGAAUGUGGUUAACUCGGAUUACCUUAUUUUUUCACAAAAUUUUAAA